AUGAAAUACUUAUUUUUUUGUCCGUUGAUUCUAGUCUAUUUUAUAAAAAUUACCACUUGCAUUUAUGAUGAUAAUUUUGUUUUUACUUUCAAAAAUGUGAAAAAAGUAAAUACAAGCAAAAGUCAUAUCAAUAAAUUUGAAAUAGAAAUGAUUUUAACAUUCAACAUAAAAAAAAGUGCAAAAGAAUUUUUUUUAGUUUCAUUAAUACCAGGAAGAAAUUUACAAAUUUUAUCAUUUAAAAAAGAAGAUACUAAUGUGAUACAAGAAAACGUGGAAUUUAACCUGAACAAGACAGAAAUAAAUGAAAAAGACACAUGCGAUUAUUUAAUAACGUCCAAAAUGUAUUUGAUAAAGUUAUCAACUGAUGAAUUAAAGAAAUUUAAAAUAUAUAAAUAUCCUUUUAAAAAUAAAGAGAAUACAAAAAGUGUACCACCUGAAUAUGAAUAUUCAGAAAAAUCUCUAAAAAAUUUCUUUUCAAAUGAAGGAGUUAUAUAUCCAUCAAAUUAUUUUUUAAAAAUUUCUGUUGAAAUCUUAAAAGAAGGUUUAAAUUCAGAGGGUGCUUGGAUUUUUUCUAUUGCUGAAAAAAAUAGUAGCAAUACAGGAAAUCAAGAAUGCACAAUUUAUUAUGACAAAUUAUCAGAAGUAUUUUUACAGAAAAGUACUUAUAACAAUCUAUUUUUAUUAUAUUGUAACAGUACCACUAAUGCAGAAAUCUUAAACUUAGUUCCAGAUUUAAGAAAAAAUUUUGAUAUUCAGUUAAGCACAAGCAAAAAAUUUUAUGGUGCUCAUAAGUCUACUUAUACAGUUGAAAUAAAUUUUAAUAAAAUACAAACAACACUAAAAACAGAUAAUGUAAUGAUAAGUAUAAAAUUACCAAUGGAUUUAUGCUAUUCUAAUUCCUGUUUUAAUAUAAAUUCUGAAAAUCCAUGCUUAAAUAUAAAACCGAAUGUUUUUGAACAAUGCACUUACAUAUUUAGAAGCUAUGAGUUUAUAUUGAAAUCAAAGAAUAGUAAAGAUAUAAAUAAUAAACUAGAAAUUUUUAUUGAAAAUAUUAAUAAUCCUUUGCUAAAUUUAGAAAGCGAUAAUAAUUGGGUAAUUCAUAUUUAUACUGUUGAUACGGUAAAUUUCAUAAUCACUGAUGAACAUAAAAAUAUAUUAGAAAAGGUAUCACAUGAUAUAUGUUCAAAAAAAUUUAUAAACAAAUUUAUAAAAAAAUAUUCAGACAGUAUUACUUGGAUUAAAUCUCAUAUGGCAAUUGCAUCUACACCUGAAUUAACUCAACUUAAAGUAGAACCUAUCAAUAACUAUGCAUUGCUAGAAAACCCUCUUAUUGUGCAUCUGAGAUUACUUUUUUUGGAAGAGCAUGUUUUUAAUAAAUGUUUAAUUGAAUUAAAAUCUAUUCACAAAUUUAUAUCAGUUAUAACAAAUAGUGAAUAUAGAUUAAAUGUUUAUAAUCAUAGUUUAUUAUUACCUAGUUCUUCCUUUAAGCCGGUAUUAGAUGAAGAACAUAUAAUAAAAAUUGAAAAAGAUACGGUGAGAAAUAAUGAUACCAUACACUUUGCAAUAAAUGUAAAGAAAUAUAGGAACCAUGAAUAUUGGUAUUUUACAUUGUAUUGUUUAAACAAAGAAAAUAAAUAUAUAAAGGAAGCACAAUCAUUAUUUAUUUAUCCAAUUGAAAAUAAAAAUGUGUAUAUGAGUGACUUAUACUAUAGAGAAAAGGAUGAUAAUAAAUAUAUUUUUUAUAUGAAUAUAUUUGUUUUUGAUGAAAAAGAAUUAGAAAUUAAACUAUCCAUUUUAUCAGAUAUUGGGAAUUCUAAUAUUGAGUUAAGUGAAACAUGUGAUGCACAAAUAUACACGUCUUGCUACAAUUUAGUUUAUCAUGAAUGCUCCAAAGAAGAAAAAAAUAUUAUUUACCAUAUUAAUUCAUAUAAAUUAACAAAUAAGCAUUUUACUAUAUUAUUUCCUUUAAUAAUUAAAAAUAAUGAAAAAAAAUUGAAUGUACAAGUUGAAUUGGAAGCAAAAUAUAAUCCUAGAAAAAUAAAAAAAAAACUUGAAUUAGAAGUAGAUAAGAUAUUAAAAAAUAAUAUGAAAACACCAUGUAUAAGCAAUUUAAUAUACAAAUUAAAAAAAUAUAAAAAAUAUGAAUCUCAUUUAUUUCUUUUAUUUAAAGCUGUUAAUUGCGAAAAAAUAUUUGAACCUUUCUUAAUUAAUUCUCAAAAUAAUGAAAAUUUUUAUGCAAAAACAGACUUCUUAGAUAACUAUGAAAAGUUUACUUUUCAAAAAACAUAUAAGCAAACGUUUCCAAUUAAUCAUGAUUCUAUAUCACAAAAAAUUUUUGAUAAAAAUAUAAUAAGAAUUAUUACAAUAGUAUUAAUUGAUGACUCUUUUUUAAAUUCAUUUAAAAAAAAUGAGAGAGCAUAUUUUAUUGAAUUUUUAAAAAAAAAUGUUUUCUUUCCUUAUAAUAAAUAUUAUGUAGUCACUUACUCUAAUAAUAAUUUACUAAUAGAGUUAUACAAGUAUAUUGAUGCAGGAAAUGUCAAAAUUGAUAUAGUUCAAAAAUCAUCAGAUAUAGAAAAUAUUCUAGGAGCAUUAGAAAAAACUAUUUCAUUUGCUGAGAUGAUAGUGAAGAAAGAAAAAAUUUAUAUGACCAGUGAAUAUAGUAUUUUAAUAUUAACUGAUCUAAAGGGAAUAACUUCAAUUAAAUCAUCUACAAAUGAAUAUGUUAAAAAUUCUACUGACAUAAAUAAAAAUAUUUCUAGAAUUUAUGUAGUAGCUUUUGAAAAAGGAAUUUAUACUAAUAAUGAUAUAUUUAAUGAAUCCAUUCAAAAUGUUAAUGAUAUAUAUGUAUAUAAAAAAAAUAAAAAAGAGGAUAUAUAUUUUUUCUCUUUUCAUAAAUAUAUAAUUGAUGAGCAAUUAUUGUUAUAUUAUGCUAAAGCAAUAUUGCAGGAUUACAUUAUUUUACAUACACAGAUUUAUAAAACAUCUUGGUAUUUAAUUGGAAUAUGUAGAAAUAAUGUAAUAAAAAACAGUACAACAAAAAGGAAACUACAUUUAUAUUAUGUAGAUAAAAAUGUUAAAACUGUUAGUUAUACUGUAUCAAAUGAUGAAAUUCGUAACGCUUUUGAUAAUUCAUCUUUAUCCUCUUUUCAAGAUAUGUGUAACAUAUUUACUCAGUUAGAACUACUAGGUUAUAAGUAG